AUGCCUUGAAAGGCUCUACUAUCUUCAACAUUUUCUAGCUUUUUUCUUUCAAUUCUAAUUAUGUCUCGACAAGUUCCUUGGAGAAGAAUAUGUCCUGAUGUAGUAUGUCACCGUAUUGAACAAGCAAAUCAGGCUAGGAUUUAUUUGCUUCGAGAGACGGGCCCAACAGGGUUCUUGUUGAAGGAAGAUGGCAACGACAAAAAAUUCAAAGUAUUUCUUGGUGAUCAACACUCUUGCACCUGUAGUACGUUUAUGAAAGAGAGAGAGUUAUGUAUACAUAUCCUUUGGGUGUUACUCAAGAAGUUUAGAGUGCCUAAAGAAAAUGCAGUAAUAUUUCAGUUGUCCCUUGUGGAAAGGGAAAUCAAUGAAGUGAUCCGUGGGGCAUACCAUCAAUCCCAUACCAGAAGAAAAGAUGAAAGUCAGAACAAUGUAAACCCAUCUGAUAAUAGAAACAAACUGAAACAGAAAGAAAUAACAGACGAAGACAUCUGUCCUAUUUGUCAAGAUGAGCUAUUGAUGAAAUCUGGGGAACCUCUUACUUACUGCAAGUAUGGUUGUGGAAACAGUAUUCAUAUUAAGUGCAUGAAAGUCUGGGCAGAACAUCAAAGAUCUACAGGAGAAAAGAUUAUGAAGUGUCCUUUGUGUAGGGUGGAUUUUGGCUCAUUUCAGGAGAUUCAAGAUGAGUUCACCAAAUCUUCUAGAAAGAAAACAAGAUCUGAGCGACAAGAUGUACACCUUGGCGCUACCUGCCAUAAGUGCAAAAUGUCUCCUAUCUCAGGAAAAUGCUACAGAUGUGCUGUUUGUAUUGAUUAUCACCUGUGUCAUCAGUGUUUUGCUUCAGAUCAUCACGUACAGCAUUCCUUCCAGUUUAGACAGAAUUCCAGUCAUCGAUGGAGACCUGCUUCACGGGUUACUCCCCUCCCUAAUGCAGUGAUGGAAAAUCUUCAGGCAAGAGAGAUAACAGAUGCAGAUUACGACUUGCUUCUACAGCUGGACAGGGCUUUAGCAGAUCACGAAGGCGUACCAGGUCACGUGUUAACCACCUUACCUGUCGAAGUCUUAAGAGAUCGCCAUCCUUUGAUAACAAGUAACACCAUCUGUCAAGUCUGCCUCAGUAGUUUUCAACCUUUUCACUGCGUUAGAAAGCUGGCCUGUCAUCAUGCGUUCCAUCGUGAUUGCAUAGACAACUGGCUUACUAGCCACUCCACAUGCCCCGUCGAUGGAGGGACUGUUAAUGCUGUCCUACCCAAUCAGCGAGGAGGAUCUAAUGAAGUCAGGUCACCUUUGACAAGAAAGGAUAGAAGUAAUAGACAAGGACUGUUAGUCAAAAGAAGAGAAAGGGGCUCUACAGAAAACAGUCAGAUUCCCAGAAGUUUACCCAGUGACUUUUCGUUAAGUGGUUUAGGCAUUGUGGUGCGAGAUAGAAGCAGGGAAAGCAGCCCAAGUGAGAAAAUCCGUAACUCCAACCACAUCGACUGCUCUCCUCCACAAAGUCUUCUUCUAAGAAACCAAAGCGUCCAAAGAGAGCAUAUCAUUUUUGAUCCUCUAAACGGUUCCAAACCCCCUAUAGCACCGACCGGUAGCCGAGAUAGGGGGGUACAACCACCUGUAGUACCGUCCAACAUGGGGAGAGGAGCCAGAACUAGUUCAUAUAGUAGCAGCUCUAGUAAACGAAAAAACAGUAUUGGCAAUCAAGUGGCAGUGAGGAGAUGUUCCUUGCCAUUAGAACAAAAAACUAGUUCGUUAGAAGAUUUAUCCCUGAAUGCUACUGGACUAGCGAUGUGUAUGGACCGUCCAGCAAAACAAAAAGUAUCUAAACAAAAAUCUGGACAGUUAAUACGCGGGAAACUCUCCAGCGCUCCAAAAUCCAAGAAUUCAGGCGCCAUGGUAUUGAAUAGUGAACCCUUGGUUGCAUCAGGACUAGCAAUUCAUCUUCCAUCGGCAGAAAUAGCCGAUCUUGCUGAAGUAGAUAGUUGAACUAUUCCGAAAGAUCAUGAUUACAAAGAGUGUUCUUUCGACAAAAGCUACCGGAUUUGGAAAUCCUAUUCUUGAUCUAGUCCAGUAGAUCUUUUUGAGAUGCGCGAGCGCUGUCAAAAGUAUCGCGUGCUAAGAUUAAAAAACGAGGCAUUUUUGGGCAAGACUAUUGAGCGCGCUAUACCAAACACAUACAAAACCUGGAAAAUUAUGUUAACGACGUACGGAAUAAUUUGAAGUAUCGUUUAGUUGGGGAGCAAGAUAAUAAUUUUUGUGAGGGAAAUAGCUCACUGGCUUUAGACAACAACUUUUCUUCAAGGGUUUUAGAAAUCGCCUUUAACUCUUUGGUUUCCAAUGCCCGAAAAUGCUUCGUUUUGAUGUCUGCGCCAGCGAUAUUUAUGAGAGCCAUCCGUCAACUCGGAAAUCGUCUAUUCUGCUAUUUAAUAUUGAGAGAAUUGUGUGUUCCAAAAUAAUAUCGGUGAAUUAAAAAUCUAAAUUGUAAAUAARACUAAGGGAAAAAACCUUUUAAAUACGCCUAUUUCAAUGAACGUUAUAAUUGCCAAAGACGAUAGUCGAUAUAAGCAAUAGGAAAUAGGUCAUUCCAAUUCCAAGAUUAGCUGGAAUGACUUGUGUUUCUGCUUCUUAUUCUCGUCAAGAACAUGGACCUUGGUGUUGAGACUGAUUCAAUGUUCUUUGUAUUCAACGAAACCAUUUAUAUGUCGGAAUGACCUAUGGACUUAUAAGACAACGUUUUUUGAAAUAGGUGUAUAUCUUGAAACUUCAAUGAAAGGGAAAUAAAUAGAAUCUCCCUCAGUAUUUGUAAUAAAAAUGAAUAGAAAGCUAAACUAUAAAAACGGAGAUAAAAAACCCUUAUAAAAUUUACGCUUCUAACGCUACAUUUUUUUAUGUUCCAAACUAGAAGAGGUACAAAACCUUCACACGAUUUUAGGAUUUUCAAGUUUUGAUUUAUUAAACUAGGACCAUACUUCCAGACAUCGAGUGCUGAACCGUCGUAUGGCAGCGCGAAGCAUUUACGGCUACGCCGGAG